UUUAGAUCCAUUUUCUAUGUCCUGUUGUUUGCAGUGUGUGGCAUCACUCCCAUGAACACCAGGAUAGUUGGAGGUGAAGAUGCUCCACCUGGAAGUUGGCCCUGGCAGGUCAGUCUGCAGAGGUUUGGCGGCCAUGUUUGUGGCGGUUCCCUCAUCAACAGAGAGUGGGUGGUGUCUGCUGCUCACUGCUUCUUCAGUACAAGUACGUCUGGAUGGCAGGUUUCUCUGGGCCGUCAGAACCUGCAGGGCACAAACCCAAAUGAAGUGUCCAGAACUGUUGCCAGAAUCAUUUUACAUCCAAACUAUGACAGCGACAGCAGCGACAACGACAUUGCUCUGCUCAGACUCUCCUCACCAGUCAUGUUCACAGACUACAUCAGACCUGUGUGUCUGGCAGCCAGUGACAGUGUGUUCAACAACGGUACUGACAGCUGGGUCACUGGCUGGGGCGCAGUCAACGAGGGAGUGUCUUUACCGUUCCCUCAAACUCUACAAGAGGUGGAGGUGCCAGUUCUGGGAAACAGACAGUGUAACUGUCUCAAUGGAGUCGGUACAGUCACAGACAACAUGAUCUGUGCUGGUGUUCUGGCAGGAGGCAAAGACUCAUGUCAGGGUGACUCAGGAGGUCCAAUGGUGAGCAAACAGGGCUCCGUGUGGGUCCAGUCUGGAAUAGUCAGUUUUGGUUUUGGCUGUGCUCGUCCCAAUCUGCCAGGAGUCUACUCCAGAGUGUCCCGCUACCAGUCCUGGAUCAACUCCUUCAUCAGCUCUGAUAAGCCCGGCUUUGUCCAGUUCAGCUCCAGUGGGCCGGACGCUGACAGCAGCUACACCUGUCCUGGUCUCCCACCUCCUCUCAUUACUACUACUACUACUACUACUACUGCAGGACCAGCUACACCCACAGAUUCACCAUCCACUGUAUCAAGUGCUGAAUUGUGUGGCAUCACUCCCAUGAACACCAGGAUAGUUGGAGGUGAAGAUGCUCCACCUGGAAGUUGGCCCUGGCAGGUCAGUCUGCAGAGGUUUGGCGGCCAUGUUUGUGGCGGUUCCCUCAUCAACAGAGAGUGGGUGGUGUCUGCUGCUCACUGCUUCUCCAGUACAAGUACGUCUGGAUGGCAGGUUUCCCUGGGCCGUCAGAACCUGCAGGGCACAAACCCAAAUGAAGUGUCCAGAACUGUUGCCAGAAUCAUUUUACAUCCAAACUAUGACAGCGACAGCAGCGACAACGACAUUGCUCUGCUCAGACUCUCCUCACCAGUCAUGUUCACAGACUACAUCAGACCUGUGUGUCUGGCAGCCAGUGACAGUGUGUUCAACAACGGUACUGACAGCUGGGUCACUGGCUGGGGCGCAGUCAACGAGGGAGUGUCUUUACCGUUCCCUCAAACUCUACAAGAGGUGGAGGUGCCAGUUCUGGGAAACAGACAGUGUAACUGUCUCAAUGGAGUCGGUACAGUCACAGACAACAUGAUCUGUGCUGGUGUUCUGGCAGGAGGCAAAGACUCAUGUCAGGGUGACUCAGGAGGUCCAAUGGUGAGCAAACAGGGCUCCGUGUGGGUCCAGUCUGGAAUAGUCAGUUUUGGUUUUGGCUGUGCUCGUCCCAAUCUGCCAGGAGUCUACUCCAGAGUGUCCCGCUACCAGUCCUGGAUCAACUCCUUCAUCAGCUCUGAUAAGCCAGGCUUUGUCCAGUUCAGCUCCAGUGGGCCGGACGCUGACAGCAGCUACACCUGUCCUGGUCUCCCACCUCCUCUCAUUACUACUACUACUACUGCAGGACCAGCUACACCCACAGAUUCCCCAUCCACUGUAUCAAGUGCUGAAUUGUGUGGCAUCACUCCCAUGAACACCAGGAUAGUUGGAGGUGAAGAUGCUCCACCUGGAAGUUGGCCCUGGCAGGUCAGUCUGCAGAGGUUUGGCGGCCAUGUUUGUGGCGGUUCCCUCAUCAACAGAGAGUGGGUGGUGUCUGCUGCUCACUGCUUCUCCAGUACAAGUACGUCUGGAUGGCAGGUUUCCCUGGGCCGUCAGAACCUGCAGGGCACAAACCCAAAUGAAGUGUCCAGAACUGUUGCCAGAAUCAUUUUACACCCAAACUAUGACAGCGACAGCAGCGACAACGACAUUGCUCUGCUCAGACUCUCCUCACCAGUCAUGUUCACAGACUACAUCAGACCUGUGUGUCUGGCAGCCAGUGACAGUGUGUUCAACAACGGUACUGACAGCUGGGUCACUGGCUGGGGCGCAGUCAACGAGGGAGUGUCUUUACCGUUCCCUCAAACUCUACAAGAGGUGGAGGUGCCAGUUCUGGGAAACAGACAGUGUAACUGUCUCAAUGGAGUCGGUACAGUCACAGACAACAUGAUCUGUGCUGGUGUUCUGGCAGGAGGCAAAGACUCAUGUCAGGGUGACUCAGGAGGUCCAAUAGUGAGCAAACAGGGCUCCGUGUGGGUCCAGUCUGGAAUAGUCAGUUUUGGUUUUGGCUGUGCUCGUCCCAAUCUGCCAGGAGUCUACUCCAGAGUGUCCCGCUACCAGUCCUGGAUCAACUCCUUCAUCAGCUCUGAUAAGCCAGGCUUUGUCCAGUUCAGCUCCAGUGGGCCGGACGCUGACAGCAGCUACACCUGUCCUGGUCUCCCACCUCCUCUCAUUACUACUACUACUACUGCAGGACCAGCUACACCCACAGAUUCACCAUCCACUGUAUCAAGUGCUGAAUUGUGUGGCAUCACUCCCAUGAACACCAGGAUAGUUGGAGGUGAAGAUGCUCCACCUGGAAGUUGGCCCUGGCAGGUCAGUCUGCAGAGGUUUGGCGGCCAUGUUUGUGGCGGUUCCCUCAUCAACAGAGAGUGGGUGGUGUCUGCUGCUCACUGCUUCUCCAGUACAAGUACGUCUGGAUGGCAGGUUUCCCUGGGCCGUCAGAACCUGCAGGGCACAAACCCAAAUGAAGUGUCCAGAACUGUUGCCAGAAUCAUUUUACAUCCAAACUAUGACAGCGACAGCAGCGACAACGACAUUGCUCUGCUCAGACUCUCCUCACCAGUCAUGUUCACAGACUACAUCAGACCUGUGUGUCUGGCAGCCAGUGACAGUGUGUUCAACAACGGUACUGACAGCUGGGUCACUGGCUGGGGCGCAGUCAACGAGGGAGUGUCUUUACCGUUCCCUCAAACUCUACAAGAGGUGGAGGUGCCAGUUCUGGGAAACAGACAGUGUAACUGUCUCAAUGGAGUCGGUACAGUCACAGACAACAUGAUCUGUGCUGGUGUUCUGGCAGGAGGCAAAGACUCAUGUCAGGUCAGCUGCUUCUUUUCAUUUGUCACUUGUUGGUAAAUGUGUUUAGGAUUUCCUCGCCGUCUCAGAC